GUACGUGUAAUAAACGAUCCACCCCGAGAAGUGUUCAUGUAAAUACGAGUGUAAAAAGUUUGCUACUCAUUUAGAGCAAAACCAUCAGACAAAUUUGUUACAUGAAAGUAAGUUACAUAAUUGAGUAUGAGUAAGUCGCUUAUUAUUAAAACGAAUCGUGCUGUAAAUAUUUAUGUCUAUUAAUCUGGCGCCGCGUACGUAAUGGAGGAGAAGACAGAAACCGUACAUUUGCAGCCGAUAGCCGAGCCAACCAAAGAUGGCGUUCCCGCCAGUUUUGCCGACGACGAGGACUAUGAUCCGCACGAACAUCGACAAGUCAACAGACCCACGAAUGAUUUCGAGACGCUCGUUCACCUGCUGAAAUGCAGCUUGGGCACGGGCAUUCUCGCCAUGCCGCAGGCGUUCGCGCGCUCCGGCCUCGUCACCGGGAUCAUCUCAACCGUCAUCGUCGGCGCGCUCUGCACUUACUGUUUACAUGUUCUGGUACGUUCCCAGUACGACCUGUGCAAGCGUCUGCGGGUGCCGCUCCUUACUUACCCCGAGUCGAUGGCGGCGGCGUUGUCGCGCGGGCCGCCCGCGCUCCGCGUGCUGGCUCGCCCUUCGGCGCUCGCUGUCGACAUAUUCCUCGUUGUCUACCAGCUUGGAAUCUGCUGCGUCUAUAUUGUCUUCAUUGCGGAGAAUAUUAAAGCGAUGGUCGACGAUUACUAUGAGAUGAAAGUGACAACCCACAUGGUUAUUAUCCUGGGACCGCUGAUCGCAUUCAACUGUAUCCCCAAUUUGAAGAUUCUGGCGCCAUUCUCAACACUCGCAAAUCUAAUCACUUUCGUCGGCCUUGGUAUUGUGCUGUACUUCUUGUUGGGGACUGAGAAGAAAUCACAGACGCCUCUAAAUCUCUGGGGCUCAUUUAAGACAUACCCUUUGUUUUUCGGGACUAUUCUGUUUGCUCUUACUGCUGUGGGGGUUGUGAUCGCAUUGGAGAAUAACAUGAAGACGCCCAAGUCCUUUGGGAAGCCGUUCGGGGUGCUCAACGUGGGCAUGACGUUUAUCGUGCUGCUUUACAUCGCCGUCGGUGCCAUCGGCUACGUGUUCUGCGUUGAGAAGUGCAGUGACUCGGUCACUCUCGAUCUUCCUCAGAACUCAUGGGUUGCGACGAGCGUGAAAGCGAUGUUCUCGGUGGCCAUUUUCAUUAGCUACGGGCUGCAGUGUUACGUGCCGGUGGACGUGGUGUGGAGCGGCUACCUACGCCCGCGGCUCCUUCAGUCACACGCAUCGCAGCCUAAACUUGUCGCAUCUGAAUACGCCCUCCGGAUCGCCCUGUGCCUUCUCACGUUCGUGUUCGCGGUGUCAAUCCCCCGACUCGGGUUGUUCAUCUCGCUGUUUGGUGCGCUGUGUUUGUCGGCGCUGGGCAUCUGCUUUCCGGCGCUGAUGGAAAUGUGCUUGUCGUGGGCGGACGAGGGCGCGACGGGCGGCGGCCGCCUUCGUCGCGUCAAAGAUUGGCUGCUGUUUAUCUUCGGUAUCAUUGGCCUGGUCGUCGGCACCGCCACGGCGCUGCUCGCCAUUGUGGAAUCCUUCUAGACCCCGCUCGCACAGGCAAACUAGAUAGUGCCUAUGCUUGCAUUAGCCGGAACACACUGUGCAAAUAGUGACACUGCUAACAGCUAGCUUUUAUUGUAGAUACCGUAGGAUUAAGAUAGAAACGUUAUAAUUACUAUGUAAGUAUAGCAAUAAUUACUGUGAUCUACCAGAUUACUGAUGUCUAUAAUGUUGACUAUGAUAAUUAUUAUACCUACUUUUCCAAUGAUACAAACUUAGGAACCAAAGGAAGUAAUAAUACAUACUUAGCAAGUAUUUUUAUUUACUUAUUAAGUAUUGUUAUAUACAUAUAAACAGUGUAAUACUUAUAGUAAAAUUGUUUUUAGAAUUACAAGAACUUAGCCGUCGCCGAAUACAAUCUGAGUUAUGUUCACAAAUAUUCACUCGCUCUAUUUUCUCUGUAUGACAAUGUUUAGCAUCAAAAACGAAUACCUGAUGUUAUUAAUAUUCAUGCUAAGUUUCAUAAGACCGUUACUUUGAUUGUAUGGCGUCGGCUACUAGUUGUAACCCUUUAUGUUUCUUAAAGGCAUUGUAUAUCUGGUAAAUGAGUUUCUUGAUCGAUAUAGUGGUUCGCCACAACACUUUUGAACGGUGUACUCCUGUCCCUGCUGGGCACAAAUGGGAAGGAUGUAUUAACUUAUCGGAAGGAAUAAGUGCGUGAUCUCUCUUAACGCCCCGCCUACCGUACGCGACGCGUAAUCGUGAACCUUGUCGGUACGCAUGACGGUUGAUAUUGGGCUGUAGCCGCGCGCGUCAUAUGACGUCUUUGGAGGUCAAAGGGUUAAUUUGACUAGAAAGACUUGUAAUAGAUCUUAUUGGUGCAACCUCAAGGUGAAUUGUUUCCAUGGCAUGGGGGUACAGGGGUUCAUCUUGUGCUCGCACCAACUUGGAGUCACUUCGUGCCAACCGAAUGGGCCUGGCCCCGAAACCCGAGAUGCUGACAAGUAGUACGGUCGCCAAAUCUCAAAAGCCCUCUAGAAACACGAUUUAAUUGACUCGGCUCGGCCUUACCCACAACCGGUAUCAAUGUGUUCGGACAGUUCUCCUGAUCACCGUACAUGCGGUAGUAAAGCGGAAAAAUGGUGGAGGGGAUAGUAAUGACGUCACAAAGAUGGCGGCCGGACCUAUUCUUUUUGGCGGUGUAUCUCGAAAACG